GCGCACAGUCACGAGCACUACUCCAAAAUCGCGCCAAGUGACACACAGAGUGUGAAGCAGUGUUGUGCGGAUCCUGCGAUGCAAGUGUGAUCAGUGCAGUGCCCAGUGAUUGUGAGUUACCGUGACAUGGGCUGUGCAAUGCAGGAGAUGGCGCCGCAGGCGAGCGAGGAGGAGCGCCGGGACAGUCUGAAGGACAGCCAUAGUGUCCUGGUGCAGAUGCUGGAGGCGGCUCCGCUGGGCCAGCCGAAGCACAGGAAGCGCCUGAAGGCUGUGUUGGGCACGUCGGAGUGCCCGUGGAAGAAGAGUCGCGUGUGGCGACGCGAGGAGGCGGAGCCGGAGCGCAGGGACUCCUCGGACAGCUCCGAAGGGGGUCCCAGCGACUCGGGCUGCGACAGCGACUGUCCGGAGAGUCACAACAUCACGGAGCUCUGCAAGAAGUUCGACGAGAACCUGUCGGAAGAUGGCUUCUUUCGGCGAUCGAUCCAGCAGAAGAUCCAGUAUCGGCCAUGCACGAAGAAUCAACAGUGCAGCAUCCUCCGGAUCAAUCGCAACAGAUGUCAGUAUUGUCGCCUCAAGAAAUGCAUAGCAGUUGGAAUGAGCAGAGAUGCCGUGAGGUUCGGGCGGGUGCCGAAGCGCGAGAAGGCGCGCAUCCUCGCGGCCAUGCAGCAGAGUACGCAGAAUAGGGGUCAGCAGAGGGCGCUGGCCAGUGAACUGGAUGAUCAACCACGUCUACUGGCUGCCGUCCUGCGUGCCCACAUGGACACGUGUGAGUUCACAAAGGACAAAGUGGCGGCGAUGCGUCAGAGAGCCAGGGAGUGCCCGUCCUACUCCAUGCCAACACUGGCUUGUCCGCUCAAUCCGGCUCCAGAACUGCAGUCCGAACAGGAGUUCUCGCAGCGCUUCGCCCACGUGAUUCGGGGCGUGAUUGACUUUGCUGGCAUGAUUCCUGGCUUUCAGUUGCUCACGCAAGAUGACAAAUUCACGCUGCUCAAGGCGGGUCUGUUCGAUGCGCUGUUCGUGCGCCUCAUAUGCAUGUUCGACAGCUCGAUCAAUAGCAUAAUCUGCCUGAAUGGGCAGGUGAUGCGACGCGAUGCCAUCCAGAAUGGCGCCAAUGCACGCUUCCUUGUGGACAGUACGUUCAAUUUCGCGGAGAGGAUGAACUCAAUGCAGCUGACGGACGCGGAGAUUGGCCUGUUUUGCGCCAUAGUGUUGAUCACGCCGGAUCGUCCAGGACUGAGAAAUGUGGAGCUGAUUGAGAAGAUGUACACGCGCCUCAAGGCGUGCCUGCAAACCGUGAUCGCGCAGAAGCGACCGGAUCAGCCGGAAUUCAUGGCGGAGCUGUUGAAGACAAUGCCAGACUUGAGGACACUCAGCACGCUGCACACGGAGAAGCUGGUGGUGUUCCGGACGGAGCACAAGGAGCUGCUGCGGCAGCAGAUGUGGUCAAUGGAGGAGGAGGCGAGCAAGAGUCCUGGCUCGAGUUGGGACAACAGCGAGGAUGUGGCCAAGAGCCCCAUGGGCUCCGUGUCCAGCACAGAGUCCGGGGACACGAACUCAGAGUACAGUCAGAGCUUGUCCACCACGGCGCCCCUGCUCGCGGCCACGCUCUCGGGCUGCCCGAUGCGCUAUCGCGCCAACUCGGGCUCCUCCGAGGAUGAUCUCGUGGGCACGGCCCACCUCACGCAGAAUGGGCUGACCAUCACACCAGUGGUGCGGUCCACGGGACACAUCCGCUACAGGAAGCUGGACAGUCCCACGGACUCGGGCAUCGAGUCCGGGAACGAGAAGGCGGAUCACAAGGCCAGCAGCGGAUCCAGCUGCUCCUCGCCCAGGUCGUCAGUGGAGGACGCCGUCGAGGAGAAGAAGUACAUGCCAGUGGAAGACAUGCCCGUCCUCAAGAGGGUGCUUCAGGCUCCGCCGCUGUAUGACACGAACUCGCUGAUGGACGAGGCGUACAAGCCGCACAAGAAGUUCCGGGCGAUGCGCCAGAAGGAGUCUGAGGCGUCGGAGGCCGAGCCGGUGCAGUCCCAGCUUCAGAUGCAUUUAACGCGACCCGCCCACCAGUCUUCCCUCUCGAGUACGCAUUCCGUGCUGGCCAAGUCGCUGAUGGAGGAGCCCCGCAUGACCCCAGAGCAGAUGAAGCGCACCGACAUCAUCCACAACUACAUCAAGCGCGAGUCCGCGGCCGAGGCCUACCGCAGUCCGCACCAUCCGGCGGGGCUGCUGGUGUGCGGCACGGCGCCGGCCUGUCCCUAUCCCGCCUCGCGGUGGCCCGUGAUCACGACGGCCAGGCAGCAGACUCCGUCGCCCAGUGACCCUCACCACUACUUCCAGAGCCCCCACUCCACGUCCACGUCGCCGCCGGGGCCCUCGCCGUCGUCCAGUUCGUCGUCCGCCUCGCCCAGGCUCAUUGAGCUGCAGGUGGACAUCGCGGACCCGCAGCAGCCGCUCAACCUGUCCAAGAAGUCGCCCACACCGCCGCCCAGGGCGACCCUGGUAAGUGGCCCAAGCGCCCCACCCAAGCUCCUCCUCGAGGCAUAAGGCGGACCCGCGCGGUGCGUCGCCGAGAUCUCGUCCUCCACCGGACCGUUCUUCCCCGCCAUCUCCGCUGGGUGAGUCGCCGAAAAGUGUGGGGUUAUGUGCAAUAGUUUAGCGGUUACGAGACGCCACCCUGACUAUUCUUCCAUAUAUAUUUGGUGCUCGGGGCGACCGGACCAAAAAAAAAGACCCCCGGCGAGUUGGUGGGACGGUCAAAGCAACACAAGCACACUGUACAUUUGAUUCACCGAGAGACAGUGGAAUUUUCUCCCAUUUUCCGGGGGAUCUCUCCCCACCAAUCACUCUCUAAGGAACCCACUCUCUCGAACACCAUGGUGGAGUAUUGAAAACCAAAUAAUUUAUUCGUAUUGUGUAUGAUAAGGGAUGUUCUGAAGGGACGACACAGAAGAGAUGAGGAAGAAGCAUAUAAAAGAUCACAACAAUUUCCUUCUCAGAAAUGCCAGAAAUAUAAAAAAAAGAAAAGAAAAAAUCAAUUAAGAAAAGAAAAAAACAUAAUGAAAACAGGAUUUUACGUAUGAAAAAAAUGUAGAUCAGUGUAUUUAAUGCAGAGUUUAACUUGGGGGGGAAAACCCACCCGAGCUGAAGACAUUUUAACGUGGGUUAUGCAUACAUUUUUUCGUAGAGGACUUGUAGUGUGAGAAAAAGUAAUAUAUAUAUAUAAUAUAUAUUAAAAGAAAAAAAAACAAAUAGAUGGAAGAUAAAGAAAAAAUAUUUAAAUGAGAAAAUCAAGAAAAAAAAUCAAUUGUGUAAAUGUGUUUAGAGUGCAUGUUUUCAAUUAUAUCCACAUUUUAAAUUAAGUGAAUAGGAAGAAGUAUAUUUUAGGAUUGAGGCUAUUGAGAGAGAGACAAUCUCUCGGGCCUGGGAUGCAGAUUUGGAGGUUAGGAUGUGAAAAGCGAGACAAUUUAAAAUGAAUAUCCAUAUUGCAUUACAAGUGGAAAAAAAAGAAAUUUACAUAGUAAUUACUCUUAACUAUAGUGUAAAGGAAAAAGAAAACAUUUAAAAGAUAUCUUUGAAAAGUGAUGUCAAAUCAAUUUUUUCUCAAAAAUAUACUUGCAAACAUGUGAGGUUAUGUUGAUGCUAAACCACCCAAAAAGCAACUUUAUCAAAAGAAAACAAAAAUGGCUCAACUUGAACGAAAAAACAACGUGAUGUUAAUUCACAGCCAAAAUGGCGCAAAAUGUAGAUUUGAACGUUAAAGAAAAGUGUAUGUGAAAAAUGUGAAUCCCGUCUCACAAACUCAAAUAAAUCCUCCCUGAAAAAAUCCAACAAUAAUUGCUGUUAAGGUUUAGGAAAGAAAAGCAGAUAAAGAAGACCCUCUUAUGUUUAAGACAAUUUCUAAGAUAAAUGAUGAGAAAAGGUUAUGAAAAAAAAAAUCUCUACAGUUUAAGUGAAGAUUUUUUUUUGUCUUGAUGAGAAAAGCAACGCGAAAAAGAGCGGAAAAAAUAACUCGUAGAAUUGUUUUUAGUUUGUUACGCUAUUUCUUAAUUUUAUAAAUUAAAUUGAAUGAGAAAAAAUCUAUUAAUUAUUGUAUAAUGGACAAAACAGAACUGAUUUUUUUCUUUUUUAAUUAGUGUUUUUAUGUUUUUUUUUGGGGAGGACUUCUACAAAUGUUGAGAUUUUUUAAAAAACAACCUAUUAAUUCUAUUUCAAUUUUUGAUUUAAUUUUAAAUUAAUUUAAGUAGACCGUAGGACAAGAUGAUGAGCUAGCUGAAUGAGUUUUAAUUCUACUUCUUAGGUUCUUACCGCGUAAGUUCUUUUUCUGCGAGAAAGUGAGGUUAUUUAAGGUGAGAAAAUCAGCAAAAAAAAAAACAUGGUUAAGAUACAAAAAAAUGUGCGAUUUUAAUAAUUUAAUGUGUAAUAUAUA